GAGCGACCCGGGGCUGGCCCCGCGAUUGGAGCCGGGGCCGGAGCCGCGAUUGGAGCCGGGAGCGGGGCCGGGAGCGGGGCCGCAGCCGCAGCCGGGGCCAUGCUCAGCGUGCUACGGGCCGGGCUGGCCCCGGGCCGCCCGCGGCACACGCAGCUCCUGGUGGCCUCCUGCAGGCGCUGCUCCUCGGGGGUCCUUCCCAACGAGAGGAUCAGGAACAUCGGGAUCUCGGCUCACAUCGACUCCGGCAAGACCACGCUGACGGAGCGGAUCCUGUUCUACACGGGCAGGAUCGCGCAGAUGCACGAGGUGAAAGGUAAGGAUGGAGUUGGAGCCGUGAUGGAUUCCAUGGAGCUGGAGCGACAGCGGGGCAUCACCAUCCAGUCUGCAGCCACUUACACCAUGUGGAAGGACACCAACAUCAACAUCAUCGACACGCCAGGCCAUGUGGACUUCACCAUUGAAGUGGAGAGGUCUCUGAGGGUGCUGGAUGGAGCCAUCCUGGUUCUCUGUGCUGUGGGAGGGGUCCAGUGCCAGACCAUCACUGUCAACAGGCAGAUGAAGCGUUACAACGUGCCCUUCCUCACCUUCAUCAACAAGCUGGACAGGAUGGGCUCCAACCCGGCCAGAGCAGUGCAGCAGCUCAGAUCGAAGCUGAAACACAAUGCAGCUUUUGUUCAGAUUCCAAUUGGGCUGGAGGGGAAAUUUAAAGGAAUUAUAGAUCUCAUUGAAGAAAAAGCCAUCUAUUUUGAUGGGGCACUUGGCCAGACCCUGAGGCUGGAGGAGAUCCCGGCUGAGUUCCGGGCGGAGGCUGCGGAGCGGCGCCGGGAGCUGAUCGAGUGCGUGGCCAACGCUGAUGAGCUGCUGGGGGAGCUCUUCCUGGAGGAGAAGAUCCCCACAGCUGCACAGUUAAAGCUGGCAAUCCGAAGGGCCACGCUGCAGAAAUCCUUCACCCCUGUCCUCGUGGGAAGUGCUUUGAAGAACAAAGGGGUGCAGCCACUGCUGGAUGCUGUCCUGGAAUACCUUCCCAAUCCUUCUGAGGUGGAGAACUACGCCCUCCUCAACCAGGGGGAUUCUCAGGACCAAACCAAGUUCCUGUUGAACUCUGCUCGUGACGAUUCCCAGCCUUUCAUCGGCCUUGCCUUCAAACUGGAGGCUGGCAGGUUUGGGCAGCUCACCUACGUCAGGGUGUACCAGGGCAUGCUGAGGAAGGCGGAUUACAUCUACAACACCCGCACCGGCAAGAAGGUCCGCGUGCAGAGACUGGUGAGGAUGCACUCGGACAACAUGGAGGAUGUGAACGAGGUCUAUGCUGGGGACAUCUGUGCCCUGUUUGGGAUCGACUGUGCCAGCGGGGACACGUUCACAGACAAAACCAGCACGGACAUCUCCAUGGAGUCCAUCCACGUCCCUGACCCCGUCAUUUCCGUGGCUAUGAAGCCUUCCAACAAGAAUGACCUGGAUAAGUUUUCCAAAGGCCUGGGCCGCUUCACCAGGGAAGAUCCCACCUUCAGGACCCACUUUGAUGAGGAGAGCAAGGAGACCAUUGUCUCUGGGAUGGGGGAGCUGCACCUGGAAAUCUAUGCCCAGAGAAUGGAGAGGGAAUAUGGUUGUCCUUGCACCAUGGGGAAGCCCAAAGUUGCCUUCAGGGAGAACAUCUCCGCCCCCGUGCCGUUUGAGUUCACCCACAAGAAGCAGUCGGGAGGAGCGGGCCAGUACGGCAAAGUCAUCGGAGUGCUGGAGCCCCUGGAGCCAGAGGACUUCACCAAGCUGGAAUUUGAGGACAGAACCAUCGGCACAAAUAUUCCCAAGCAGUUUGUGCCCGCUGUGGAAAAGGGAUUCCGGGAGGCCUGUGAGAAGGGCCUGGUGUCGGGACACCGCAUCUCCGGCGUGCGCUUCGUGCUGGAGGACGGCGCCCACCACAUGGUGGACUCCAACGAGAUCUCCUUCAUCAGGGCGGGAGAGGGAGCCCUGAGACAAGCCAUGGAGAACGCUGCCGUGCGCAUCCUGGAGCCCAUCAUGGCCGUGGAGGUGCUGGCUCCCACGGAGUUCCAGGGGGCCGUGAUAGCCGGGAUCAACCGGCGCCACGGCGUCAUCACGGGCCAGGACGGCUCCGAGGGCUACUUCACUCUCUAUGCUGAGGUGCCACUGAACAAUAUGUUUGGAUAUGCCACUGAGCUGAGGUCCUGCACAGAGGGAAAAGGGGAGUACACCAUGGAAUACUGCAAAUACCAGCCCUGCUCAGCCAGCACUCAGGAGGAAAUCAUCAACAAAUACCUGGAAGCAACAGGGAGACUUCCUGCCAAGAAGGGCAAAGCCAAGAGCUGAUGGGAUUCCUCUGGAGUGCACUGAACAGUUUGUCCCAGCCUUCUCCAGCAGCUUUUCCAGGCUGUGGAAGCAGAGGCUGGCUGGGUAAGGUGGGCUCCAUUUGGACUUGGAAUUUUACCAUCAACCCUUUCCUCUGGGGCUCAGCAGCACCAGGGGAUCACCACGGGAUUGCUCACGUGUAAAUGCUCCUGUAACAAAUAGAUGUUAAAACACGGGUGAUGAUUUGCUUGAGAUUGUCUUAAUUAAUAUCUAUUAAAAUAAUCCUAUUUUU